AUGCCGACCACCCGCUCGGCGCGGACAUCGUGUCUGCUCAUAAUCGCACUCUUCCUGGUCAUAUUCUUCUGGAGGCCGGAUUACGAUGCGUCUCCGAACAGUUCAUACGAGGACUCAAUUGCUCAGUCAUCCUCACAUCUGAAUCAAUCCUAUGCAUCGCCAGUCGUGCCUGCCAAGCCUGUUGAGUCUGAGAAGCCGAUCGAGCCCGUCAAGCCGAUAGAGACCGCGAAGCUCCCAAUCGCACAUCCAGACAUGUGCCGAAAAAGCUUGGAUUUCUUGGAUCUGGAAGAACACGCUGGUAAUGUUGUAUACUCGAGACAAUGCAUCCGAGCGGUCCCCAAGCGAGGGCUGAAGCCAGAAUCAACAAUCGACAUCGGCCGGCCCAUGUUCGAUACCGCCUACACCCUUGAUACAAGUGCGGAAGAUUGCGCACUUCCGAUUUGCAAUGAGCCCUUCGAGGUAUACUACCCCGAGACUUCCCACAAACCCUCCGAGAAUGCUUCGUCGUUGCUCUUCGGAGCAGCCACAAGCAUGGAACGACUCGACCGUGCCUUUCCGUUUAUGCAGCGCUGGCUCGCUGGAACCGGGAGCACACUCGUGGUCAUUGUCACCGACAACUCGUCCGCGAGCGAGCUCCAGGCCAUGGAGCAAAAGGCAGGAGCCGUGGGCGUGCAAUUCACUUUACUGUCACAACGUGAUUUCGGAGGCGAGCAGGAUCCGACCGCGCUACACUUCAAAGUAGUACAGGCGCUGAGCCAACACCGUCAACCGCAUCACGACUGGUUCGGCAUCAUCGACGACGACACUUUCUUCACCUCCCUCAGCGCGCUUCUAGACGCGGUGAAACCAUACGAUCCCGAGGGUCGUUGGUACCUCGGCGCGCUCUCGGAGUCAUGGUACCAGGUCUCAAUCUUCGGCAUGAUGGCGUACGGCGGCGCCGGGAUCUUCCUCUCCGGACCCGUCCUCGAAGCACUACACACCAACCUCGAUGUCUGCACCGGCACAGACACCGGCGACCGCCUAUUCAUGAGCUGCCUCUACAACACCGUCUCGCCGCCAGUCCAACUCACCAUCCUCCCGGGUCUCAACCAGAUGGACAUCGACGAACCCGUGGACGGCUGGUACGAGAACGGACGGAAACCGGUCCUAAGCCUGCACCACUACGACGGCUGGGCGCACGUGCCUGUGCACCUCGGUCACGAGGUCACCGGGAUCUGCGGACAUGACUGCUUCCUCCAGCGGUAUCGCUUCGCAGACGAUGUCGUGCUGACGAACGGUUUCAGCGCGGUGCGGUAUCCGCAGGGCCUGGCGCAGAUCGACCUGGGGAAGACCGAGGCCACCUUUGUGAACAGUGAUGAUUUGGACGGAUAUGCCCCGAGUUUGGGACAGCUGCGGCCGAAACUCAGCCCAGAAGAGAAGGUGAGUUGGCGGAUGGAACAUGCGGUGAAGAGUGAGGAUGGAAGGGUGCGGCAGUUUUAUAUCCGCAGGCGGGAUGUAGAUGGUGCGGAAGAGAUCAAUGUGCUUGAGAUUGAUUGGAGCGCGUAG